CACUUCUCCUUGGUGUCCUCAGCAGAGAAAAGUGUGUGUUCAACCUUUUUUUUUUCCCCUCCUAAAAGUUGACAUGCCGGUCUUUGUAGAGGAUCCCACUCAGUUUUCCAAACAGCGACUGAAGUCGGCACUAAUAUCGCACAGCGUGGAGCUGCCUCCGGGAGAAAAUAAGAAGGAAGUUUAUGUGGACCUUUAUAUGAAACAUGUCUGGAAUAAAAGCAACGCCGAUUUCUCUAGUGAUGAUGAGGACCUGGCUCAGAAUGGCACUGAGGAAGAAGAGAAAAGUGAGGAGGCAGACAUGGUGGAUUUGAGCUCACUAACUGAUGCUCAGUUAAAAAGCCAACUGCUACACUAUGGAGUCAAAGCUGGACCAAUUGUAGGCAGCACUCGAGCUUUGUAUGAGAGAAAGCUGCAGCGGCUCAUGGCACAUUCCUCACAGUUCAAAUUCAACGGGACAAGUGAUGCUGCAAAGUACUCUGACAGUGAGGAGGAUGAAGGGGAAGAAGAAGAAGAAGAGGAGGAGGAUGAGGAGGAGUCCGGAUCAGAACAGCUGGGCCCAGAGUCGGUGUCCCGGACUGAGACUAGUGCGACAGCCAGAACGGUGGGGCUGUACAGUCAGAGCAAAGAUUUGAUUUAUCCUCAGUGCUUUUCCCCCGCCCUGAGACAGGGAAAGAAACGGGGGUCGCUGGAAAGCAGCCGAAGUAGCUCCCAGUCUUUCAGCAUAACUGAGCUGGUGGAGGAGAUUGAGAACAGGCUGAGUCCUCAGUCAAAGCCUGCAGCGACUGAAAGAUGUAGCCAAAUGCCGAAAGAGAAAAGGGUGCUUUGGGACCUUCAACAGCUCAACAAGAACACCAUGACCAAUACGUCUCUUUAUCUCACCCCCCAGUGUUUGCCCCAUCAAAAACAAACUACCACAAUAAAACCAGCUUGUGAACCAGUCACUGAUAUUCUGACAGAGUUGUUCCCAGACACUGUUACUACUCCAACUGGAAUCACUGCUACUAAGAGACGGUCUAUAAAGGGGGCAGCAGGUCGUCCUGUGCAGUUCAAAUACUUAGAAACCCCGCUGAGUCCCGCAACACUGGAGAGACGAGAGAUCCAGCAUCGUUUGGUGCCUCUGUGGGUGCAGAUUGUUGUUUUUCUCUUAUUGGCGGCUCUUCUCUACCUCAUUUACGUAUCCAUCGAAGACCCGCUGGAGAAUCCUUUUAGUGUGCUGUUGGACAGUCUGAGUGAUGAGCCUGCCCUCGCCCCCAGCUCUCAGGACGUAUCGACAAGCGAGGUUGCUGCCUAGAGAGAACCUAGAGUACUUUUACGAAAACAUCAGUGUGUUGGACUUGCUUAUAUAGAACAGAACAUCCAUAGUGAGUUUGUGUUAUUAUUUUUUAACUAUUGCCACAGUAAGAGACUGUAUAAUUGAAUGUGUAUAAAUACGAGUGUGGAAUGUGCUAAAAUGUGUAUGGUUUGUUCUCUUGCGUCUCAGCUCAUGCAUGAGAGAUGUGUUGCCAUCUUAUUGGACGUUCGUGUGUUUGCAUCGUCUCUUUUUCAUCCACCCUGCUUCAACAAACCAGUGAGCUGAGAAACCGACAGGGACCCAUGUCUUAUCCAGAGGAGUCAUUGUACAUUGUUUUAAUAGUAAUGUCUGAUGCUUUAUUUUUGAAUAAAUAAAUGGACAAAUGUUUUCAAAUGUU